CUUUUGUGAAAAAGCCUUAAGAACUAGCAUAAACUAAGAUAUUGAAUUCCCAAAUACGACCACUAUUCAAAAGAUAAGUUACCAUGUGCAUUUGACGGUAAUGUUCCUACUUAACUACUACAGUUAUUUCACGCCUUAGACCUAAUGAUUCAAGAAUCGACAUCUGUUUGUGUUGUUUUUAGUGGAAAAAGAAAGUCAGGCAAAGACUACACUGUCAAUCGUCUGACUAAUCUGCUCCAAUGCAAUCAUCUUUCUUGUUUAGUGGUACGAAUAAGUGAGCCAAUUAAGUCGUAUUUUGCCGAACAUUAUGGAUUAGAUUUGUCGGAAUUAUUAUCCUCAAAUGAAUAUAAAGAAAAAUAUCGAAAACAAAUGAUUGAUUGGAUGGAACAAGAAAUAAAACAAGACCCUUAUAUAUUCACUAGGAAAUCAUUGCUUGAAAGUAUUAGACGAUGUGGCGUACCUCAUCCUGAUAUUAUCAUUGUCUCAGAUGCUAGAAGAAUAAAUGAUGUGGACUACUUCAUCAGGACAUUCGGUCGAUCCAAAUGUUUGUUAAUACGUAUUGUUACGCCUGUAGAAACUAGAAUCGAACGGGGUUGGUCAUAUGUUGAUGGGGUUGAUAAUGCUAUGUCAGAGUGUGGAUUAGAUGAAUUCACUUGUUGGGAUUACAUUGUAUCAAAUGAUGAAGAUGAAAUUGCAUUUAAAAACCAUUUAAACGAUAUUGCUGCACGCGUCAAAGAAUUGCGAAAAUUAUCCUAAUGCUUAUUAUGCAGUUAUUGAUAAUAAUGUUUGAUGCAAGUGUAGUCGUUCACGUUUUGUGGACAAUUCUUUCAACAGGUGUUUACAGCAACAGUGUUGAAACGUACUUUUGAGCAGUAUCGCAAUUAAAAGAGUUUACUUCUCGAAUGAUCAUUAUUCCGGCCACAAAUUUCCAGAUUGUUUGAGAAAUGAAACUUGUUUGGUUAUUGGAAAUAGGAUACUGAUCUACUUCAGAAACUCUUAGUUGACUCAUAUCUAGAUUUAUCUAUUUAUGAGAUUGUUCCUGCAUAACUCGUGGGAUCGGACUAUGAAACUCUCACGAUCAGAUAUGAUACUUAAUGUACAUCAGAUAAUCAAUGUCUUCAUUUUUAGUAAAAUCAAUCUUUUUUCCUGCGUAUGUCGCUCAUCAUUUUCAUAAUACACUUUUAUAGACAUACUCUUUUUGUACUAUUGAGACUAUAAUAUUUGCCAUAGAUUCAACUUCGUUAUUGCUUAUUCUAAAAAAAUGUUAAUUUCAGACGAAUUCACUAUAAAUAGUGACUGGUUAAACGUACAUAACACAUCUUAAUCAUCUCAGCUGAUAAGGAUUUAAUUUGUUCUCUAACUUGUAUUUAGUUAAUUACUACAUUUAUAUUUUAUAGAGUUAUAC